AUGAGACGGCCGGCGAAUUCGUCAAAGAUCAACUUCAACGUCGAGUCCCAGAAGAUCGACGUUGAUAAUCGAAUCUCUCUCCGCAAUUACUAUCGCAUCUCCGACAACCUCCUUAAGCAGGCGAAUAUUUAUAGGGAGGAGAAAAAUCUAACAGACUUGUAUGUAAUGCUUCUCAGAUACUCGAGUUUGGCGGUGGACACUAUACCUCAUCAUCGUGAUUAUCAUGCUUUAUGUCAAAAAGAAAAAUCAUUUACCAAAAAGAAAUUGUUUGCAGUGCUAGAUGAGCUAGAGACUUUGAAGCCACUAGUGCGUCAGUUAGAUCAACUGGAGAAUGCUGACACCACAUCUCAAAUGCAUCAGAUUGUUGGCCAAAAGUUGAUUCCUGAUGCGUCCACAGGGUCUUUAUUGCCAGCAUUGAAUAAUAAACCUUUCUUAAGCUACGAAAAUAAACAGAUGUCGCCAGUUACGGCACUUUCAUCUACAUUGAAUCAGACUAAUGAGUAUCCUCGAGUUUCGUCAUCACAUUCUAUAGACACUCAGUUUCAGAAGCUAUCUCUUGGUGUGCGUCUUCCAAAGCAGGAAACGUUGUCCAGGCAUUCAUUUUUAGGCCCAUAUGGUCUUCGUGGUCAGUGGCAGGGGCCUAGUGCUGAAAAAAAGGUUAACUAUCCGACCAAUAUCGUCCACGACUUGAGUGAAAUUUCAAGCCUGAAUCAGGUUGGACAAUAUGAACCCAUGGCAACGAAAGAUAACAAUUCAGAAGCGGAAAAGUCUACUAUGGAGUCUGUUCUAUCUUUAGAUGACAGUAGAUGGCUAAAGCCUUCUGAAGAUCCUGGUUCUUUAACCAAGGAAAUGAUGAAUGAGAACGAUCACUUUGAUAAUAUCAGGCAACCUUCUCCACCUCCUGUUCUUGCACUAGUGCAGCCAGAGCUUCUUCCUAUCUCUCCAUCAAGAGUUGCUGAUCCCAGACCAGGACCACCACUUUCUCAGGAUGGGUUGCCCAGUUCCAAUUCCUACCAAGAUCUUCACAUUCCAGUGAAGAUGAUGGAAGAUUUUUUGAGAUUGGCGCAUGAAAAUACUAGAAAAAACUUGGAAACUUGUGGUGUUCUUGCUGGUUCACUACGAAACAGAGUAUUUCAUAUUACUACACUCAUAAUUCCAAAGCAGGAAUCAACUUCAGAUUCGUGUCAGACAUUGAAUGAAGAAGAAAUUUUUGAGGUUCAAGACAAGCGUUCCCUUUUCCAGCUGGGGUGGAUUCACACACAUCCGACGCAAACCUGUUUUAUGUCUUCAGUUGAUUUGCACACUCAUUACUCUUAUCAGGUCAUGUUACCAGAAGCAAUUGCAAUUGUCAUGGCUCCAACUGACACAUCCAGUCCUCAUGGAAUAUUUCACCUGUCUGAUCCUGGUGGAGUUUCAGUUAUUCGAAACUGUCAACAGCGUGGUUUCCAUCCUCACGAGGAGUCUGAGGAUGGAAGUCCUAUUUAUGAACAUUGUUCCCAUGUGUAUAUGAAUCCCAAGUUGAUGUUUGACAUGAUAGAUCUUCGGUGA